AUGGAUUUCUUUUUCCCAAAUGUAUUAUGGACACCACAAAGUUGCUUGUUAAUAAUCUAUGGGCAAACAAUGGUUAAUUGUCUAGUCACGUAUUCGAUGUGUGUUGUGUCAUUAAAUCGACUUCUUACAAUUAUAUAUGGACAAACAUCACUUUUCCGUACAAAACGUGGCAUAGCUCUCUGUAUAGGAGUUCAAUGGUUGACUGCAAUCACAAUACCACUGCCUACAUUUGCAUCUAAUAUUGAGCAUUGUCUACUGACGGGCCUCAUGCUUGACUAUCAAAUAUAUACUUUGAUAAUUAUUGUGGUAUUACCAACAUUUUUCAUUAUAAUUAUCAAUGCAAUUUUCUUCGUACGUACCAUACAACUAUCUCGUAUAGUUCAACCAAUGGGCGCUGACUUUUCAACAGCUGUGAAACGUCGUCGCGAUACAUAUCUACUGAAAUAUAUGUUUAUCAUGUUUAGUAUAUUUGUAAGUGGCUGGGCACCUAUCUAUAUUAUAGCAGUAAUCAACUGGACAGGUUCGGCCAUUCCGCAUACCAUUCAAAGAAUUGUCACUAUUUUGCCUAUUUUAAGUCUUCUUGGUGAUAUGGUCAAUUUAUUCUUCUACAAUCAGAAACUGAGAAAAUAUCUUUUCAGUAAAAUUUGA